GUCAGUCCAGCCACCGCACACCUCCCUCCCGAGUCCCGGCCAUGGGACGCGGCAGUGGCCUGCUUCUGCGUCGUGGUCGUCGUCCGAGCACGGGGACCGAACGCGAGCAGUAGCAGCAUCCCGGAGCAUGACGAUGGACGACGGCGGCGACGACUUCACCUUCGCCGCCGCCCAGCCGCCUCCUAGUCUAGUAUCUGCAGGAGGCGGCGGUUUCAUAGGCCAGCCGCUGCUGUACCCAGUCUUCGGCCGGCCGAGAUCCCCUCCGCGGGCUGCUCCGGAGACGGCCACCGCGCGGGUGCCGCUAGGACGGUUCCUGCUGGUGGACAGGGAUCCGUCGCCGCCGCCUGCUCCCGCGGACGACGACGACGGCGACCUCGACUCGGUGCCGGCGGAGAUGUUCUGCCCGUGGUCUCCCGGGUGGUCGGCCGCAGCCGCAGCGGCGUCCUCCCAGUCCCAGGCGCGGUGCAAGAAGAGCGGCUCCACGGGGUCCGUGCUCCGGUGGCGGCCCCGGCUCGCCGUCGGGCGCAGCCAGAGCGACGGCAAGGAGAAGUUCGUCUUCCUGAGCGCCUCCUCCGGCGGGUCCGGGCGCCGGAGCCAGAAGGGGCGAGGCAGCGCCGUGGACGUGGAGGGUGGUGCCCACCACGCCGCCCACCACGCCUGGAGGCAUUACGCCAACAACACUAGUGAGGGCGGUGGCGCGCGGCGCCGGAGGUCGUUCCUGCCGUACAAGCAGGACCUCGUCGGGCUGUUCGCCAACGCCGCCGUGUUCCGCCGGAGCUACCUCCCGUUCUGAUGCAAUCCAUUAUCAGUACGUGGCAUGUACUACGCGGGUACAGUGAUACACUCACGCACGCAAGUAGAGUAGCGAUUCAGUGUACCGUGUGCUAUACUGCUGUACUUAUAUACGCAAAAAGAAACUAAGUAAUAUAAAUAAAUAAAGCUGGAAUCGUUU